AGAGCCCUCUACAGGGACGUCAUGCAGGAGAACUAUGAGACGGUGACCUCGCUGGGAUUCCCCUUUCCCAAACCUGACCUAAUCACCCAGCUGGAACGAGGGGAAGAGCCGUGGGUGCCCGAUCUCCAGGCCUGCGAGGAAAGAGAGAUCUCAAGAGGUGCCCACACAGCAGGUAACGAGACAGUGAGUGAGAAAAAGGAGAGGAAUCAACAGCAGGAAGUUCCUGGGCACGGAGAACCACAGGAGACCUUUGUGGGAAGAGUUGCAGGGAAUUUUUCCCAGUGGUUGGAACAGGGAGAAGCCUGGGGAAAUUGGCAGAGGUCAGAGAGGCUGCUGAGAAACUACUCAAGGGAGCAAAUGGAUGAAUUUAUUAUCUGUGGGGAAGGAUACAGGGAUCCCACAGCCCGGCAGACAACCCCUAGGGAAGACAAACACCAUGAAUGCCUUGGUUAUGGAAAAGGAUUCGUUCUGGGACCACAGUUUGUUUCACCUCAGACAAUUCAUACUGGAGAGAAAUCACUUCAGUGCUUGGACCAUGGGAGAAGCCACACGGGACAGAAACCUUAUCAGUGCCUUAAGGGCAGGAACUCUUUGAAUUGGAAGUCAGCACUGACUACACAUCAGAAGAUCCACACAGGUGAGAGAUCCCAUCAGUGCUUAGACUGUGGAAAAAUUUUUGGAUGGAAGUCAGCUCUUGUUAAACACCAAGCAGUCCACAGAGGAGAGAGAUCCCAUAAGUGCUUAGACUGUGGGAAAAGUUUCAUACACAGGUCAAAUCUUUUAACACAGCAGGCAAUCCACACCGGAGAGAGAUCCCAUAAGUGCUUAGACUGUGGAAAAAAUUUUGUAGGGAAGUCAGCCCUUGUUAGACAUAAAAUAGUCCACACAGGAGAGAGACCCCAUCAGUGCUCAGACUGUGGGAAAAGAUUCAUGCAGAGUUCAACCCUUGUUAAACAUCAGGCAAUCCAUACAAGGGGAAGACCAUAAGUGCUUGGACUCUGGGAAAGUUUCAGAAUCAGAUCGGCCGUUCUAAACAUCAGGCAAAACACAUGUAGUGUUUAGACUAUGGAAAAACAUUUCAAAUAGAUGUCAGCCCUUCUUUUACAUCAGAGAAUCCACCCAGGGAGACACCCUGUAACUGCUUAGCCUUUGGAAAGAGUUUUAUACACAAUCAAACAUUGUUAAACAUCCAGCAAUCCACAUUGGAGAGAGACCCCAUAAGUGCUUAGACUGUGGGAAACAUUUCAGAAACUGAUCAGUCCUUGUUUUACAUCAAAGAAUCCACACAAGAGCAAGACUCCAUAAGUACUGGACUGUGACAAAAGUUUCAGACUGUGAUCAGACAUCAUUAAACGUUGGAGAAUUCACACACAAUCUAAACUUCUGUGACACCUGGCCAGAAAGAGUUAAGAACCUUGCAGGCUAUUUGGCCUAGAUUCAACAUUUAAAGACAUGUUAGAAAAGUUUGUAAAUGAUGUUCGGGGCCAUUCCAAGUUACAUAGACUAGAACUUUGAAUGUGAACUUGUAUUGUUAAAAACUUGGAAGAAGAUAAUAGUGUGGUUGAUUAAUUGCAAUUAACUCAAAAAAUAAUGGUGUGUAUUAAAAUCCAGAAAUAAAGCAAUUAAAAACUUUAGAGCCUAGAAGUCCACUCAGUGCUACUUCUUUUUCUGCUAAUCGCUAAGACAAGUAAGUUUGUUUACAUUUACGGGAGAUAAUGCUGCCUGUUUCUAAUUUAUGAUGUCACCUGAAAGUCUGAGAAGGUGUUCUCAUGGCACGUUUAGCUGGCAGUGCAGAUAUUUAUGUGCAAGAUAUGCAAAACAUGCCUAUGUCUCUUCAUGCUUUUGCCACCAUUCCAGUGAACAGGCUUCCAUGCUGACAGUGCUCUUUUAAAAAAAAAAUUCAUUAGAUAAAUUUGUGAUUGAACUUCUUGGAGGACAAUUGUAUGUCCCCUGUUCUGUUUUACACACAUUCUGCCAAAUAUUUCCUAUUAUAAAAGUCACGGAUAAUGACCUAGCACAUGUUAAUUUUAAGGACACUUUCACUGCUGAUCUGAGAAAACGCAAAGAAAGUAACAAUCUGAGAUUUCUAAAGAUAGCUACAGCUUUUGGCCAAAGGUUUAAGAAUCUGAAGUACCUUCCAAAAUCUGAGAGGGACGAGGUGUGGAGCAUGUUUUCGAAGUCUUAAAAGAGCAACACUGCGAUGCGGAUGCUACAGAACUCGAACCACAAAGAAAGAAAAUCAACCUUCUGCUGGUGGCAUCUGACUCAGUCGGUCCACUCUGCUUUGGAUCGUUAUCUCUUAGAACCCAUCAUUAGCAUGGAGGAAUGUCCUCUGGAAUGGUAGUUCCAGCAGGAAGGGACACAUGACUCUUUAGCGCAUCUGGCACAUAAAUAUCUUGUGACGCCAGUUGCAGUAGUGCCACGAGAAUGCCUGCUCUCACUUUCCGGUUGACACUAUAAACAAGAAGCGGGCAGCAUUAUCUCCUGCAA